CCUUUUUAAAACGGGUUUCGAACGAGAAACUCCCUCAUCCCUCCUCCGUCUCUUUCUAUUUUAUUUUAUUUUUUUUCUCGGCGAUCAGGCGGCGACGGCCGGAGGAGAGAUGGCCUGGUGGGCUCGAAUGGUCUCUCCGGCGAGGCGAGUAUGUGACGGCGUCGCCUUCCGCUUCGGGCUUCGCAAAUCCGGGUUGAUGAGGCUGAGGAGGGAGGUGCGCACGUGCGAGUACGAGGACGUGCGCGUGAUGUGGGAGCUGCUGACGGAAUCCGCGCGGGCCGGGUCGUACCGCCCGGCGACGACGGCGGCGGAGGAGCCGACGAGGAGGAAGAGUCGACGGAGCAACGGGAGGCAAGGUUGGGCCCUACUUUUUUGCUUCUGCCGAAGGUUCUAGAAUCGCAUAGCCACUGUCCAUUAACCUGCUUCCUUUUCUUCAUUUGGGAUUUUGUAAAUACCAUGAGCUUCAGAUGGCUUGUUAUAUAUUAUGCCUUUUUUCUUCUCGGACUCUAAAGAACUCCUUAUUACCUACCUACCUGCUUGUAGCUAAUCUCAGAUCAAUUGGUUUAGUUUAUUA